AUGAAUUUUCUAUCCACAGCCACAUUCAGACGGAGUCAACAGGCGGAUCCCUUUUCCUACGAUGUUUGCAUGGAGUGGAAGUCGGACCAGCCAUGGUAUCGAUUAUGAGAAAGAUCUUGCUCUCACGCUGUUCGUUGCUGCAUCCUUAGAGGAGCGCAGAUUUCACCUGGCAACGGAAAUGAACGUGGCCGGUAAGUUUGAUGAUGCCGUGCUAAUUUUGGACGAUCGGAAGGACGCAUGGUUUUUUCAAGCUAAACACAGUCAAACAUCGGCUGCUACAAUCGAAUACAAGGAGUUUUUUCCUUCAAGUUUUGAUGAGACCACUCAAUUUUCUCUACCAAUGUACAUUCAAUCGUUCCUGAAUGUUUCACAACGAAGUGAGUUCGAGAAUUACAAGAAAAGAUUUAUCAUCUUCAGCAAUAAGUCAAUCGGUGAAAAUGCUAGAGAAACGCUAGGAGAGCUCAUGGACAUUGAAAGCUGUGCUCUGGAGGACCCGCUGGAAAAGCAAGUGUUUAUCAGAUGUAGUGAAAAAUUUGUACCAAAAGCUGAGCUGAUCCAGGAGUUGUUGAAUAAGAUUAAUGAGUUACCAAUUGCCAUUAGGGAUGCUAUAAUAGAGCUUCAGAAGACAGGAACAGUGAAAGGCAUCUUGAAAAAGUACACCACACCAUUACGAUCGCUGCUGGAAAUAGACGUCUGCGUGCGCUUUUCGGAUACAUUCACAGGAAAUGAGGAUGAAAUCAACCAGCAAUGGUUAUGGAACGAGCUUCAUACGCAUUUCAUCGCUCAAAACGGAACAGCUAAACGCCUGUCAGAGGUGGUUUUUCAUAAAAAGAUUGAGAAACGCUUAUUGCAGAAUAAAUCUGCAGAGAAAAGUUUUCCUCGAUUCGUCCAUGAAUCCGAUCUGAGAAAGUUUUUUGAUUGUUUUGUAAUGUGUACUGACCAGCCAGACAAACUUUCCCCGUUAAGAGAUAGCAUUAUAGAAUCGAUUGUAAGAAAGUGGGUGCAUGAGAAGGAUCGUGGUUUGUUUAGUGAUAGAACCAAAUUUCAUGCAAUUUUUGAAAAUAGAUUUGAAAAAUGGCACAUGGUUACAAAUUUGGUUGGAAAUCAGAAACCUUUCUUGAGCAGCAACGAAGGAAACGAGUGUGUUCAUAUGAUUAAAGCAGAAGUGCGCAAAAGCUUACAGAAGAUUACAGAAGCAGAUUUCAGUAAUUAUGUGGAACGUAAGCUAGUUUUACAAAAUGGACAGGAAGAAUUCACAGAAGCUGGAUUAAUUUCAAUGCUGGAGCAAUCAUCUGGUCAGAAUGAUAUUCUCAUACUGUUAGGCGAACCAGGUAUGGGGAAAACAACCUUCAUGAAAAAAAUCACAUGUUUACUACAAAGCGACUUUAUUAAACACGUGUAUUUGAUUUCUUUGGGUAGAUUGUUCAAAGACUACGAGGAAGAAGACGAUAUAUUCACACUUCUAAAAUCAACUCAUUCAAAUUCGAUCGGAAAGUUGCUUCAAAAGAGUUUGGAAUAUUGUUCACAGCAAUCUUUCAUCCUUCUUGAUGGUUUCGAUGAGAUUGAUGCUUCGCAUCAGGAUCCAGCUGUUAAGCUUAUCGAGAAAACAUUCUGCAAAAACAAUUCUUGUGUUCUCAUAAGUGGCAGAAAUCACGUAAAAGAAGUACUCGAGAGGGAAUUCAUCAAAGUUAAGACAUCAAAUCUCGUUCCAUUGGUUGAGGAUGAGCAAUUGCUGUUCUUAAGAAAAUCCUGGAACAUCAGUUCUGAACUCGACGAGAAAGAUAUUGAUAGAUUUCAAAGGUUUUCGAAACAUUUGCUCCAAAUUUUGCAUGACAAUAUUCGAGCUGACUACUUCUGCUUCACUGGCCUUCCUCUGGUGGCUCGUAUGCUCGCAGAAGUCUACAAGAAAAAAUUUGAGAAAUACUGGGAAUCGGCAAAUGCAAAUCUUAACGAAAUAUUAGAAUCGAACAACAGAUUCAGCGUGUUGCAGUUAUAUGAAAAUUUCGUCAACAUAUCGUUCAACAUUUUCUUAAAGAAAAUUUUGAAUGAAGAAGGUUACGUUAUAGUUGAUUUGAAAAUAAAGAACUUUUUUAAAGACAAUUUGAAUAAAUUUUAUCGCGCGCACCAUUUAAUUGCUAUCCAACAGUUAAACAUUCGUGAAUUACGAAGAAAACUAUGCAAUAACGAUUCUGUAACAAUUCUGGAAAACAUGCAACUUAUCCUGGAUGAUGGAGAAAAAUCAUUAUUAAUCAAUGUUUCGAACAAGAAUCAAUUCGAAUUUACCCACUUGUCGUAUGCUGAAUAUUUCCUAUCAAAUUUUUUAUAUGAACAUGUGAUAGAAAGUGAAGCAAGUCUGGUAAAUGUUUUGAGAGUAUAUGAAGUAAUCCGGGUUUUUUUCUUUUCGAUGGUUGAAGAAAAUUGGGACAAAAGUUCGCUACAAAUACACACAAUUCAUAAAGUCUGUUAUUAUGACCCUGCAAUAAUGUACUUAGCUUGUUCUGGUGGUUAUGAAAAAAUUCUAAAAGAGUUACUGAUCCACCAUAAUCCUAAAGUAAUAUUCAGAUCGUUACCGAAAAGUGGCACACUUCUCCAUGCUGCAGUUCAGUCAAGGAAAGAAAACAUUCUAAGGCUUGUUCUCUGCGAUCUACAAUUUGGAGAUUGUACUAGCCAUGAACCAAAUAAUUAUACAAUGAAAAUGAAUGACACUGAAAUAGACAUAAACACUCCAGAUCAACACAAUGCUUUGCCAAUUCAUUACGCUGUAACUAAUGGUAAUAAAGCAUUUGUUAGAGUGCUUGCGCAGCAUGGUGCUGACAAAAAUAUCAAUGCUCAAGACGGCGAAGGAAAAACUCCUCUACAUUAUGCUGCCGAAAACAGUGAUUGGGAAAUGAUCAAGAUGUUAACAGCUGAUUAUGCAGCAAAUCCAAAUAUUCAAGAUUAUGAAGGACAAACGAUUCUAUGCAUUGCGGCCGCAAAACGUGACUCCAAUAUGGUAAAGAUGAUUGAGGAGCUUUCAUGUGAUGUCAAUGCGAAUGAUUCAUUCCAAUAUCCUCCGCUUCUGCAUGCUGCCGAGUUUGGUACGUGGGAAACGGUCAAGAUGUUGAUUGAAAAAUAUAAUGCAGACUACAAAAUUACUAAUAAAGACAGACAAACUCCCAUCCAUUUGGCGGCCAAAGCAGGUAAUAAGAAAACUGUUAAAAUGCUUUUAGAUAACUACGAGGCUGAUGUCAAUGCACAAGACAACGCAGGAAAUACUCCCCUCCAUUUUGCAGCGGAUUAUAGUAAGUGGGAAUUGGUCAAGAUGGUCAUUGAUCAAUAUUCUGUGGACUGCAAAGUUGCCAACAAAGAGGGACAAACUCUCAUUCAUGGUGCGGCUAGAGAUGGUAAUAUGGAACUUGUAAAGAUGCUUAUAGAUGACCAUGAGGCUGAUGUCAAUGCGCGAGACAUCGAGGGAAAUACUCCUCUUCAACUUGCUGCUGAACUCGGAAAUUGGGAAAUGGUCAAAAUGUUGGUUGACACAUAUUCUGUGGACUACAAAAUAAGACGGAAGAAAGACGGGAAUACUCUCAUCCAUUUAGCUAUCUCGGAGGGUGAAAUGGAAAUUGUACAGAUACUUAUAGAUGAUUAUUCAGUUGAUGUUAAUUCGCAAAACAACGAUGGAUACACUCCACUUAAUUAUGCUGCCGAUUGUGGAAAGUGGGAAAUUGUUGAGAUGUUACUUGACAAAUAUCCUGCAGACUACAAAACGGCCGAAGAUUUCGGAAGAACUCCCAUUCAUUUUGCGGCCAGAGAUGGUAUGAUGGAAAUUGUAAAGAUGCUUAUAGACGAUUAUGCGGCCGAUGUCAAUACGCAAGACUAUAAAGGAUAUACUCCUCUUCUUCUUGCUGCCGAUUGUGGCAAAUGGAACAUAGUCAAGAUGCUAAUUGACAAAUGUUCUGUGGACUACAAAAUUGCUGAUAAAGAUGGACGAUUUCUCAUUCAUUUUGCGGCCGGACAAGGUAUGAUGGAAAUAGUAAAGAUGAUUGUAGAUAACUAUGAAGCUGAUGUCAAUGCACAAGACAACGAUGGAAAUACACCUCUUCAUCUUGCUGCUCAGUACAAAAGAUGGGAAAUGGUCAAGACGCUAAUUAAAGAAUAUCCCGUAGACUAUAAAAUAUCCAAUAAAGACGGAAAAACUCUCAUCCAUCUUGCUACUGAAGAUGAUGAUAUGGAAAUGGUACAGAUGCUUAUAGAUGACUAUGAGGCUAACGUCAAUGCCCAAGACAAUGAUGGAGAAACUCCUUUUUAUUAUGCUGCCUAUCACGGGCAGUGGGAAAUGGUUAAGAUGUUCAUUACCAAAUUUGCUGUGGACUGCAAAAUUUCUUUCAAAGACGGAAAAACUCUCAUACAUUUUGCAGUAAAAGAUGGUAUGAUUGAAAUAGUAAAUAUGCUUAUCGAUGAGUACGCGGCUGAUGUCAAUGCACAGGACAACGAUGGAAACACUCCUCUCCUUCUGGCUGCCGACUAUGGGAAAUGGGAAAUGGUCAAGAUGAUAAUUGACAAAGAUUCUGUGGACUACAAAACUGCAAAUAGAGACGGAAUGACUCUCAUCCAUUGUGCGGCCAGACAAGGUAUGAUGGAAAUAGUAGAAAUGCUUGUAGAUAACUAUGAAGCUGAUCCCAAUUCACAAGACAACGACGGAAAUACUCCUCUUCAUCUUGCUAUCGCAUAUGGCUGGCAGAAAACAGUGAAGAUGCUCAUUGGAAAACAUUCUGUCGACUACACAAUUGCUAAUAAUGACGGCAACACUCCCAUCCAUUUAGCAAUUAAAGAUGGAAUGAUAGAAAUUGUAGAGAUGCUGUUAGAUAAUUACGCGGUUGAUGUCAAUGCGCAAGAAGACGAUGGAAAUACUCUUCUUCAUCUUGCUGCUAAGUACAGUAACUUGGAAAUGUUCAAUAUGUUAAUUGAUAAAUAUUCAAUGGACUACAAAAUGGCCAGUAAAACCGGAAAAACCCUCAUCCAUUUUGCCGCCAGUGGAGGUAAUAUGAAACUUGUACAGAUGCUACUAGAUAAUUAUGAGGCUGAUGUUAAUGCUCAAGACAAUGAUGGAAAUACUCCUCUUCAUCUUGCUGCCGAGAACAACAAGUUGAAAAUGGUGAAGAUGCUGAUUAACAAGUAUUCUGUGGACUACAAAAUUACCAAUAAAUACGGACAAACUCCCAUUCAUUCAGCGGCCAGAAAUGGUGCUACGGAAAUAGUUGAGUUGCUUUUACAUGAUUCCAUGGCUGAUGUCAAUAUGCAAGACAACAACGGAAACACUCCUCUACUUCUUGCUGCCAAUUUUCCUUCGUGGGAAACGGUCAAGGUGUUAAUUCACAAAUAUUCUGUAGACUACAAAAUUGCUAAUAAAGAUGGAAACACUCUCAUCCAUUUUGCAGCUAGAUAUCGUUAUAUGGAAAUUAUAAAUAUGCUUAUAGAUGAUUACUCAGCUGAUGUCAAUGCGCAAGAUAGUGAUGGAAACACUCAGUACAGUAAGUGGGAAAUGAUCAAGAUGUUAAUGGACAAAUAUUCUGUAGACUACAAAAUUACUAAUGAAGACGACUCAUCCAUUUUGUGACAAAAUUCACUCGAACAAUCAUUUCCCACUGUUGCGAUGUCAAAACUAAACUGAAUAUAAAAUAUUUCCAAUGAUCACUAUGACUGGUGGUGACAAAUGGCGCCACAAAAUGAUUUUGUGCGUGAGUGGUAUUAAAUCGCAAUGCAUGUGUGAUGAUGCGUUCACGUACGAGUUUGAAUUUAUAGUCCAAAAAAAUACGUCAACACAGAUCGGAAGAAGAAUAG